AUUACAUCAGAUUUUGAUAUUGAAAAUUUAUUUUCAUCAAUUUGUAAAACAAAAUUUUGGGAUUAUAAUGAAUGUUGGAAUACUGAUCGACCCCGAUUAACACCUUGUUUUCUAAACACAGCAUUAAUAUAUCCACCGAUAAUAUUUUUAAUAAUAAAUUUACCAUAUACAAUAUAUGAUUAUCGUCAAUCAGAUCGACCAACAAUCCCUUGGAAUCGUUAUAAUGUAAUGCGAAUGUUAAUAGCCAUUUUAAUGGCUAUAAUUCAAUUUAUACAUGCUAUUCAUUUGAUUAUCUAUCGAUUUAUGGAUCAAACAAAUGUAAAUAAUAAUUAUGUUAGUACGGCACAUAUUUUGGCAUUAUGGUUAACAUUUUUUGGUUAUCUUUUACUAAUAAUUUAUCUUCAUUUACAACGAAAAUAUGGUUUUGUUAAUGGUGGUGUUGUUUGGUUUUAUUUACUUUUAACCACUUUAUUUAAUAUUUUAACAAUACCAUUUGCAUUAGAAUAUCGUCCAUUAGAACAUUGGAUUUAUUUACCUGUAAAGCUAACAACACAGAUAAUGUUAUUCAUUUUUUGUUCAUUUGGUGAUCGUAAUCCAUUGGAAGUUGAAAUGGAAUCAUCAUCAACAACAAUGAAAAUAAAACAUUGUCCACGUGAUUCAUCAUCAAUACCAUCAAGAUUAGUGUUUUGGUGGUUUAAUUCAUUAGUAACAUUAGGUUGGCGUCGUUCAUUACAACGUAAUGAUUUAUGGUUAUCACGUAAACAUGAUUCAUGUUCAUAUUUAAUGAAUUUAUUCUUUAAAUAUACAUCCAUUCAAUCGACGACAACAACAAAAUCCAAUCCACAACAGCAAAUCGUUCAUAGCAACGGUGAUCAAGAUGAUGAUGAUAAUCAAGAUCAAGAUGAUGAACAAAUAAAACAUCGACCAUUAAAUUGUAAUCUUUGGACAAUUUUAAUGAAAAUGUAUUGGAAAUAUCUACUAUUUCCGGCAGCGGGACGUUUAAUUACCGACCUUUUACAAUUAGCAAAUCCAAUUAUUCUGAAAUUAUUAAUUGAAUAUACAACAAGUAAUGAUACAAGAUUAUGGCAUGGUAUACUUUAUUCAUUUGGUUUUUUCCUUAUAAAUAUGAUACAAAGUUGGUCAGCAUUAUAUCAAUUUCAUCGAUUUUCAAUUCUUUCAUUAAGAAUUCGUUCAACAUUGAUUGGUGCCAUCUAUCGUAAAUCAUUAGUAUUGGCAACUGAUUCCAGAAAAGAUUAUAAUACCGGUGAUAUUGUUAAUCUGAUGGCUAUUGAUUCACAAAGAUUUAUUGAUUUAGUUCGAUAUGCAAAUUAUAUUUGGACAUCACCAAUAAUGAUAACAAUUGGUUUUUAUUUAUUAUAUGAAGAAAUGGGUUGGUCAGCAUCAGGUGGAUUUUUAUUAAUGUUUUUAUUAAUACCAUUUCAAGGUUAUAUAACACGUAAAAUUAAAUCAAUACAAGUCAAACAAAUGGCUGAAAAAGAUCAUCGAUUACAAGCAAUCAAUGAAUUAUUGAAUGGUAUUAAAGUAUUAAAACUUUAUGCAUGGGAACAAGCAUUUAUACAGAAUAUUAUUCGUAUUCGUUCAAUUGAAUUGAAACGUAUUCGUAUGGCCGGUUUAUUAACAACAAUAUUUGUUAUUGUUGCUAUUACAUCACCAUUUUUAAUUACAUUUUUGGUAUUUGCUGUUUAUACUAAAUUAACCGGUAUGAUUUUAACAUCGAAAAAAGCAUUCGUUACGAUUGCAUUAUUCAAUUUAUUAAGAGUUCCAUUAUCAGCAUUACCUAAUGUUAUGACAUCAUUGAUUCUUACAAUUGUAUCGAUGAAAAGAAUUAAUCGUUUUUUGAAUGCACCUGAACUAGAAGAUUAUGUUCGACGACGACCAAUGAAAACGGAUGCUAUACGUUUAACAAAUGCAUCAUUUUCAUGGGAACAACAGCAACAGAUUCCUACAUUAGUAAAUAUUAAUGUACGAAUACCAAAAGGAAAAUUAUGGGCAAUUGUUGGACAAGUUGGUUCGGGAAAAAGUUCAUUUUUGAAUGCAAUACUUGGUGAAAUGCAUAAACAAAAUGGUACGGUUAUCAUCGGUAAAGAUUUACGUAUUGCAUAUAUUUCACAACAAGCAUGGAUACAAAAUCUUACCGUUAGAGAUAAUAUACUGUUUGGUAAAGAAUUUGAUCAGGAACGAUAUGAUCGUUGUAUAAAUGCUUGUGCAUUGAAAACUGAUUUAGAAAUGUUAGAUCAAGGUGAUCAAACUGAAAUCGGUGAAAAAGGUAUUAAUUUAUCGGGUGGUCAAAAACAACGUAUCAGUAUUGCACGUGCAUGUUAUUCAGAUGCUGAUAUCUAUCUGUUUGACGAUCCACUUUCAGCAGUUGAUAGUCAUGUUGGAAAACAUAUUUUUGAAUCAGUAAUCAGUUCAAAUCAAGGAAUAUUACGUGAAAAAACAAGAAUAUUAGUUACAAAUGCAUUAUAUGUUUUACCAUUAGUUGAUGAAGUAAUUCUUCUGAAAAAUGGUAAUAUUAUUGCUGUGGGAAGUUGUCAAAAAUUAUUUAAAGAAAAUGAAACAUUUAAAGAAUUAAUGGAAAAUUAUCAUCCAAAUCAUGAUCAACAUCAAAAUAUUCCAAAUGGAAAUUCAAUUAAUCGACAACAUUCAAAAAUUUCGGAUCAUAUUGAACAUCACCACCACCAUCAUCAUCAUCAUCAUCAACGACCAAGAUUUCAUCGUCAAAUGACAUCAGAUUCACUAUUAUCCGACACAGCAUCAUUAUCAUCAAUAAGUACACUUGAAUCAUUGGAAGAAGAACAGGAAAAAAUUCCUAUAGGAAAAUUAAUCGAAUCCGAAUCAAUUGAAACCGGUUUGAUUAGUUGGUCGGUUUAUAAGAAAUUUUUUCAUUCAAUAACAAUCAAAUGGAUCAUAUUGAUUAUAACGGGUUAUUCAUUAUUCAUUAUAUCGAAUAGUGGUGCAAAUUUUUGGCUAUCAUUUUGGACUGAUUAUAUUGAUCAUCAUCAACAUGAUCGUGGUUAUGAAUUAUGGAUAUUUCUUGGUAUUGGUAUUUUGCAAUUAUUAUUUAUUGCAAUUGGUUGGUCAUCAAUUGUAAUGGGUUGUUUACAUUCAUCACGUAUUCUACAUCAACGUUUAUUAUCUGCAAUUGUACAUGCACCAAUGUAUUUUUUCGAUACAACACCAUUAGGUAGAAUUAUUAAUCGUUUUAGUCGUGAUAUGGAUCUUUUAGAUAAUAAUAUGUCACUUUAUAUUAGAAUAUACCUGUUUCAUACGAUGAAUGUUUUGGCAACAUUAUUCAUCAUUACAUUUCAAACACCAAUAUUUCUUGUAUUUGUAAUACCAUUCAUAGUUGUAUAUGCAUUGAUACAACGUUUUUAUAUUUGUACUAGUCGUCAAUUGAAACGUAUUGAAUCCGUAUCACGUUCACCAAUAUUUACACAUUUUUCCGAAACAUUAAUGGGUGUAUCAACAAUCAAAGCAUUCAAUGCUGAUGAACGUUUUAUCGCUGAAUCGAAUGAACGUGUUGAUCAAAAUUUUCAAUGUUUUUACCCUUGUCAAGUUGCUGAUUGUUGGUUAUUAAUUCGUUUAGAAUUUCUUGCAAAUUUAUUAAUAUUUUCGGCUGCAUUCAUUGCAACAAUGAUGAAAUUAAUCAAUACUGAUGGUAAUGGUUUGAGUGGCAGUCAAAUUGGUCUUUCAUUAUCAUAUGCAUUGAAUAUAACAAUGUCAUUGAAUCAAGUAGUACGUUCAUCAGCUGAAUUUGAAAACAAUGUUGUUUCUGUUGAACGUAUUGAUGAAUAUAUCAAUGUUCAACCAGAAGCUGAUUGGUAUACGGAUGAGGAUAAAUGUUUACAGGAAAAUUGGCCAUCAAAUGGUUCGAUUCAUAUGGAUGAUUAUGCAACACGUUAUCGUCCUGGUUUAGAUCUUGUCCUCAAAGGUAUUGAUCUUAAUAUUAAACCUGGGGAAAAAAUCGGUAUUGUUGGCCGUACCGGUGCUGGUAAAUCAUCAUUAACAUUAGGUUUGUUUCGUUUGAUUGAAGCAGCACAAGGCAGAAUUAUAAUCGAUAAUAUCGAUAUAGCGAAACUUGGAUUACAUAAAUUACGUUCAAGACUUACCAUCAUACCACAAGAUCCUGUACUAUUUAUGGGUACAAUACGUUUCAAUUUGGAUCCAUUCGAACAAUAUAGUGAUGAACAAUUAUGGAAAUGUCUGGAAUUAUCACAUUUAAAAUCAUUUGUUUCAACAUUAGAUUUAGGUCUUGAUCAUUAUGUUAAUGAAGGUGGUGAUAAUUUUUCUGUUGGCCAACGGCAAUUAUUUUGUUUAACACGUGCAUUGUUGAGACGUACCAAUGUUUUGAUAUUGGAUGAAGCAACAGCAGCAGUGGAUUUUGAAACUGAUUCUUUGAUACAAACAACAAUACGAAAAGAAUUUUCCCAUUGUACAAUAUUAACAAUUGCACAUCGUUUACAUACAAUUAUGGAUUCAAAUCGUGUACUAGUAUUGGAUGCUGGUAAUGUUGCUGAAUUUGAUCAACCAAAAACUUUGCUAUCAAAUCGUUCAUCAAUAUUUUCAUCAUUAGCUAAAGAUGCUGGUAUUACACAUUAUUCAUUUGAUCAAAAUAUGAUUACUUCAAUAAUCAAAAAACAAAAAUAA